UUGGCAGUGAAGGUGAAUGGGUUUGUUUGCAAGAACCCAAUUGAUGUGACUGCAGAGGAUUUCUUCAAGAGUGGGCUCCACAUUCCACGUGACACAAAAAACCCGGUUGGCUCCAACGUGACAGCCGUGAACGUGAACAACCUCCAUGGACUCAACACUCUUGGCAUCUCCUUAGUCCGCAUCGACUAUGGGCGGAUGGGUAUCAACCCACCCCACACCCACCCACGCGCCACCGAGAUCCUCUUCGUUCUCGAGGGCACCCUACUCGUAGGGUUCGUGUCGUCGAACCAAGACGGCAACCGCCUCUUCUCCAAGGUCCUCAACAGAGGAGACGUGUUUGUUUUCCCAGAGGGGUUAGUCCACUUCCAGCAGAACGUUGGGCAUCACAAUGCUGUAGCAUUUGCGGGCCUCAGCAGCCAAAACCCAGGCGUUGUUACCAUUGCUGAUACUGUGUUUGGCUCCAAACCCCAUAUUCCCACUGAUAUUAUUGCCAAGGCUUUCCAGACUGAGGCGUCCAUUAUUGCUGCCAUUCAAGCCAACUUCUAAAAAUUAUCUAUACUUUAGUUACUUAUGUAUUCAAAUGUGGACAACUAAAAUCUAAAUAAUGCCUUAUUUUGGCAUCUUCUUGUGUUUUAAUUUUGUUACUUGGCUAAUAAUCAUACAUCUUUAUGGGGAUGUUUUAAUCAUUUCAAUAUGUAUCGUAAAAAUUUGGUAAGGAAUUUUCAAUUAAGCUGUUAGGCCAUGCACGAACAAACACAUCUACUGCACAAUAUACGUAAUAUUAGGCCAUGUGAAGGUAAGGUACUGUAAUGCCCCUACAAAGCUUCGAUUGUGAGAUGAAUCCGCAUAUGCUGGACUAGUAUGAGCACUCAGCUUGGAUUUGGUGUCAACGGAUGUGGAUAGACUUACAUGAAGACACACCAACACACUUACAGAAGCAUACUUAUGUUGGGACAAAAAUAAACCCCCAUCAUGAUGAGCCAUAAUAAUUCUCAGAAAAUAAUUCAGAAGACCCAAG